GUCGUAAAAACUGUCGGUUUGUUUCCUCUUGGCAAAUUUUCACAGGUCUGCGACUAGCUAGGUCGUUUUCACCAGCGACAUGGCCUCAGCUCCAGCACAGCAGCCCACCCUCACUGUUGAGCAGACCAGAGUGGUGCUGAGUGAGGUGAUCCAGGCCUUCUCGGUACCAGAAAACGCUGCGAGGAUGGAGGAGGCUCGAGAAAGUGCCUGCAACGACAUGGGCAAGAUGCUGCAGCUUGUGCUCCCCGUGGCCACCCAGAUUCAACAGGAGGUUAUCAAAGCUUACGGCUUCAACAAUGAAGGAGAGGGUGUCCUAAAAUUUGCCAGACUGGUGAAGAUGUAUGAAACCCAGGACCCUGAAAUUGCAGCCAUGUCGGUUAAACUGAAGUCUCUCCUCCUGCCGCCGCUGUCAACACCACCUAUAGGAGGCGCCAUUCCAGCUUCAUAGGACUUCUUCACAUUCAUCGGUCACCUGCGAGGUUACUUUGAUCAAACACUUUGGAUCAACAUGAACACACCGUUAUUCCAUGCUCUUGUCUAUCAUCUGCUUUUCUUGAGAAAUUAUGUAAAAUUUAUACUUUCAAACUUGACACAUUACUACGUUCCACCAACGAUGAAAGUCGUACUUUAUCUUCAUCACGGUUUAAUUUAAAACAUUCUUGCAAAACGUGUUAAAUUAUUGCGUUUUAAACGUUUCAGUAUUUAUUUGUUGCAUGUUACAUUAUGACCACUUUCUUAUGACGUUAACAUUUCCUUUAAUGCCAUCUCUUUUUUGUAUAAUUUUAAUACCAUUUUUAUAUGCUGUCAGAUGUAUCAAAUGUCAUUGUUAUAUAUUAAAAUGUUUUCUGUGAA